CUUCCAUCAUAUCCAACGUCACGUGAUCAUACCCACAAUCCACAUCAUGGCCGACACUCCAUUUUUCUAUCUCCUCGACCCAGAGCGCUUGAUCCCCGCCUCUGACAUCGCCCUCUGGCUUGGCCGAAUUGUCAAACAUUAUGCAGAACCCGACGCCUCAUACACACCUUCUGACCCCUCGCCAUUUAUCACAACCCCCGUCUCCGCAAACGCCCUCGUCAACACCAGCAGCAUUCUCUCCGGCUCAAACAACGCAUCCUUAUCGGCUGCACUCUCCAAAUCCGCCUCCGCCGCCGCGUCCAAGUCAAGCUCAGGCGGCACAGACUUCAAGACGCCAGAAAUCCUAAGCGUACGGGUGCAAAAAUACGACACGAUUUUCGAUUCAAUGCGACAGAAUGACGAAGUCAAAGCCGACUUAGGGCGAAUGUUAACACCAGGAGGGAAACCAGCAUUCAUGAUUGUUGCGGUGCUGAUAUGGACCGACGCAAGUUUCACUGACGUCCGAUCUCUUGAGUCCUCUGUAUCCGGCAGCGUGACGGCGCCCCUGACCGCAACUCUUGCGGCCACAACGGGUGUGGUUGUCCCUGGAAUCAACCCUAAGCUGAAGGGCGAGAAGGGAAGCAGUACCUCGCGGAAGCUAGCUGGCUUGAGCCUUGGGAGCCAUAUCUUCGCGGUGCAGUACAAGGCCGUGCGGAGACCUGCAUGGGCUAUCGGGCGCAGCUUCACGCCGAGAUUGGAGGAUAAGGGUCCGCGGGUGGAGGGUGUGAAGAGAUUCGCGGGCAAAUUGGAGGAAGAAAGUAAGACGGAAGACGGGCCGGUGGAGGUAGAAAUGGACGAAGAUCUUGUAAGCUGGACGGAUGUGUUAGACGAGGAUGAUGGCGAAUUGGAGACUGAGGAGCUUGGGGAGUUAGCACUUGCUUUUACGGGGAGCUGAGACAAUCUGUAGCAUGGAAUCUACCGCUCCCGCUACGCGGAUUUCAUCAUUCAUUGCUAGCUUCUACGCUAAGGGGUUCACAUAACAAGUACAUUUAUUUUUGCGUCGCAUCACAUAAUCUAACCGUUUGAGUACAACAUAGAAAAUGCGAAAGUUGGAGGAGGAAAGGUUUGUUCUAUUGAGUGGUCGAGCUUUGGAUGGAUUAGCUACGCUAAUCGUAUCAUCCAUUUUCAAGUGGUUCUAGAAGAUUGAAGAAGGAAACAUUGGUUACUCUCAAUCAUGGGGCGUAGUCAAACAUUCUCAUGUAGUGUCGGAAGAAAUUGAAACGACCAUCGACUCAAGUUCUUGGAAUGAGUUACUCGGUAGUCUCAACGUCGUCAUCCGCGAAGCAUUAGGUAUCAGAAAUCAGAAUAGUAGUCCGAC